AUGAAAAACACUAAAACCAAAUGUGUUGUAUUAGUGUCGAUAGUGAUUGCGGUGGCCGCUACUUCCAAUCAUUGCAAUUCAAUUUGCGCGGAUGUAGCGGUGCCGCGACCGAAGCGGUCGAGGCGACGCGCCGUGGCGAGGUGCUUUGUUUACACUACGCCGAACCUUGUCUCACCGCUUCACCGCGGUUCGAUUAAGGACAAAUCAAUAAGGCAGUCGAUAGCGAGCGAGUUUAAUAGAGUGAGCGAGCCGAGUGGAGCGCCCUCAUUACCCCCGCAAUUAGCGCACGCCGCGCUCCCGUCGCCGACGCACCCCGCGCGAAAAACGAAUAAAAAGAGCUGCCCUCAAAAUGGCCGCCGCCCUCCCCCGGCCGCCCGCCGACCCCCGCGCCGCUUCGUGAUUGCAUCCCCGCAGCUCUUA